GAACUUUGAGCAGCUGCUGCAGAUGGUUUAGUACUACGCGCAGUGACAGUGCAAGUGAGCUAUCGCCGUCGUACAGCUCUGCGGUUUAUCCAAGUUGUACGUACAGAGUAUUUACCAGCAGUGUUGAAUUUACCAGCAGUUUGGAAGGUUCGCAGUUGAAAGGCUUAAUGCUAGUUGUUCAUUCCGUCAUUCGGUUACUUAAUUUCGGUUCUAUACGAGUUCUUAUCGUCCCAAGAGGUAUGUAAUACUGCUUCUUUUUGUUGUCGACCAGCAUUCAGUGAACCACGAUCGAAACUUCCCAUGUCAUGGCUGAGAAAGUCCUUCGGGAACUAAACGAUAUGAAAGCCACUGGGGCUCUGUGCGAUGUUGUGCUUCAAGGCGCGGAGGAGUCAUCAGUUGGCAUUCCGUGCCAUCGUAACGUACUCAGCGCCAGCAGCCCCUAUUUCCGCACCAUGUUCACCAGUGGUCUUAGAGAAUCCUCCGAAUCCACCAUCAAAUUGAAGAACAUCUCCGCGGGUACACUCAACGAGCUGGUUAAUUAUGCCUACACUUUGGAAAUCCAGAUUGAUGCAGACAGUGUUCAGGCGAUUCUGAUAGCGGCCCUGUUUCUGGACAUUGUGCCCGUCACUACUUCAUGCUGGGAUUAUAUGGAGAAGCACAUGGAUAUCUCCAGUUGUUUGAUGGUGCACUGCUUGGCCGAGCAGCUUAACAACGCACCAUUGGCCGCUAAGGCCAAAGCCAUGGUGCUUCGCGGUUUCGCCCAAGUCUGCCGAAGCGCGGACUUUCUGGCAAUCGAGGCAGAAAAGGUGAUUGAGCUGAUAACGUCGGACGAUCUACACGUGGACAAAGAGGAUGGCGUGCUGGAAGCGGUGAUGCGCUGGGUGGAGCACGAUCAAGUCGGACGGAAAGUGCACUUGUCGGAUUUGCUGCAGUUUGUUCGCGUUGGGUAUCUCGGUUCCGCUUCCCAGGAGAAAUAUUUCCUGAUGUUCUUAAACGGUUUUCUUAACUCCCCGGCGGUCGAUUUGCCUCUCUCGUCCGGGAUUAUGGCUGCAAUUCCCAACCGUCAAGCACAGGCCAUCGCGUCCCGAUGCCGACCCCGGGAAUCGUACGGUUUGUGGAAGGCGAUUGUGUGCGUUGGUGAGUUGGACAAUAUGGACACUGGAUGUCCUUUGGAAGUUUUCAUUCCCUCCACCUCCAGUGUUGUGCGUUUUGCCAGUCUUCCCGGCGGCAUCGAUGGCCCCGGCUUAGCGGUAUUGGAGAAUGGCUCUCUAUUGGCAUGUGGCGGGGCAUCUGGCCACCACAAUUCCGAAAACCGGGUCUGGCGAUACAAUGCAGCUCGCUUUACGUGGUCCGAAGUGGCGCCAAUGAACGAGCGUCGUUUUGAAGCGGGCGUGACGGCGCUGCACGGCUGCAUCUACGCGGUCGGUGGUGAUGACAUGGCUGCCGAUCAACCGGCUUUAUCGUCGAUGGAGUCGUACGACCCACAGGAGAAUCGUUGGCGGCUGGAGGCCGACCUGCCAGAUACACUAAUGCUUUUUGCUAUUGUGGCGAUUGACAAUCGACUGUUUGUUUUUGGUGGUAAAAAUUCGCGCGGGGAAAUCUUGAACAGUGUCUACUGCUACGAUCCGAUCGCGAAUAUCUGGAGCAAAAUGGCCAACAUGCCGACGCCUCGAUCUUGCUGCACUGCUUGCGUGGGUCCCAGCGGACUAAUCUACGUGAUUGGUGGAGGUAAUAAUGCCAGGGGAACCAAGCAGUGCGUGGAGGCCUACGAUCCCACUACCAAUCAGUGGCAAAAAAAACGAAACACAACCAGAUCCAGGUAUUCAGCUGUCAGUGCGUGCGUGGACGGGAAGAUUUUUGUCAUGGGCGGGAAGGACCGGUCGAUCGAAUAUUAUGACGAAGAUACCGACACGUGGACUCUGCACAACUGUCUGUUGCCGGAAGGGAAAUAUCUCACUGGCUGCGCUGUGAUGACAAUGAAGCCGGGUGAGUAUCAGACUAAAGGAGCGGAUAAAUAACCAUAGCUUAAGGUGCACUUAAGCGGCAGACCUCCAGCCGGACGUUUGAUGAACGGGAUCUUGGAGCUUCUUUCCUGUUAAGCGUCCUUUUUAAAAUUAUGUUUCUUUUUUAUU